CUGAACGCACCACAUCACUGGCAGCUAGCCUAGCCGUGCUAACUUAGCUAAUCUGAUUUACCGUCUCAGUUAAGCGCACGAAACGUUUGUCAGGAUUACCAAAUUUAGUUUUCCUUAAACUCUCCCCAAAGCGUCAUAUCACCCCAAGACCGUCCAACCUCUGUUUUGGAGAAUGGCAUCUCUUGGUGAGCCUGUGCGAUUGGAAAGAGGUUUGGCAGAUAUCAACCGUGCCAUCGAGCUGCUGGACAAGCUGCAGAGAACCGGGGAGGUUCCUCCUCAGAAGCUGCAGGCGCUGCAGAGGGUCUUGCAGAGUGAAUUCUGCAACGCUGUCAGAGAAGUUUAUGAACAUGUGUAUGAAACUGUGGACAUCAAUAGCAGUCCUGAGGUCAGAGCCAACGCCACAGCGAAGGCCACCGUGGCAGCUUUUGCAGCAAGCGAGGGACACUCACAUCCGCGUGUGGUGGAACUGCCCAAGACGGAAGAAGGCCUGGGAUUUAACAUAAUGGGCGGAAAGGAGCAAAACUCGCCGAUUUACAUCUCGCGGAUCAUCCCAGGAGGCAUCGCCGACCGUCACGGAGGCCUUAAAAGAGGCGACCAGCUUCUCUCUGUGAACGGGGUGAGCGUGGAGGGGGAGCACCACGAGAAAGCCGUGGAACUCCUGAAAGCCGCUCAGGGCACAGUGAAGCUGGUUGUAAGGUACACGCCCAAAGUCCUUGACGAGAUGGAGUUACGGUUUGAGAAAAUGAGGUCGGCAAAGCGCCGGCAACAGAACAACUAUCCUCAGUAGGAUUCUUCCAGCUUCCUGCUCGGCUCCCGUGGGUCUCCUCGUCUAGUUAUUUUGGUUAUCUGCUCUAGUCUCUCUUUUUAUCCACUUAUUCCACCACUUCACUCCUUCCACACAUGCAAACUAAAACAAAAAUGGACAAAUUUUAGUUAUUUCUAACACGUGCUGUACAUAGUGCUUCGAAGCUCCUCUGUAGCAUUUUACUAUUCACCACUGUUACUGUACUUGACACUAAAACUCUAGAUACACUAGAAUGAUUAUGAUUGUCUGUGACUUGACAACUUGAAUGCAGAGUUGUUGUUUUGAGGUAAACUGUGCGACUCCUUUUUACCAGAAGAGGUUUUUAUUUGUUUUAUCACAGCCACUAUUAAGUGCCUCAGGGCAAACGUGUUUAUGUCAUGUGCUGUGGAAACUUUGUUUUAUUUUAACAUUUUAAAGACAAGAACUGGUGAUUAAAUGUUUGUGGCAGGAAAUACAACAACAUAGUAUGUUUUCUUUCUUUUUUUAUCAUAUUAAAAAUACUUUGUGAGCAAUCUUUAAAUGAUAGAUUUUAGAUUAAUGUCAUCAUAAAGACAUGACAGCAAUAGAAAAGCUUGGGAGUUGAGAUAGAAAUGGAAUAGAGAUUACCUUUAUUGCCCCUCAGUGGGGAAAUUCAAAAUGGUUUCGUUAAAAAAAAAAAAGAUACUGUAAGAUCGCUGUAAUGUCAAGGCUCAAGCUUUAGUUUUUCUUUCUUUUUUUUUUUCUUUUUUUUUUUUUAACAACUGUACUGCACGGUAACAAGCCCAGCAGGGAUUUAAUGGAGUCUCAGCAAGACUAGAACUGAGCCGGCGCCACCACUGAGCCUCACAGCAGAACAUUUCUCAGAGUUUGGCUCCGACAGAGGGACAAACUCUGCAGUCGGCCUGAACCGAGACAUAACCCGUUCAGUUUCCACUCAUAUCAUUAUUAAUGUACGCCCGUCAUACAUAUGAACCUCACAGUUUGUCACUAACAAUGAGUUUCUCUAUGUUGUUCAUCUUCAGUGAGUUUGGUUUCUAAAAUCUCAAAAAUAUACAGCAUUUUGGUGUUUUUUUUUUUUUUUGUUUUUUUUUUGUUGCUUUUUUUGUUUUAAAUGUGGAUCGCCUGGCUGUUUUCACUCUUCUCGUCCUAGUUUUAGCUUCUAGAGAUUUCAUAACUACCUACUAGGAACCACCUCCUGACUGCGUUUGCUAGAAAGCAGUCCCACAGCAUGAUACUACCACCACUAUGCUUCACACCUCAUUAAGCUCCCCAUACGGCUGAUGUUUGUAUUAGUAUAAAAUGUUCUAACACGCGGCAUUUUCAUUGUCUGUUGUGAUCAGCUGCAAAUGUUGCAGGAGUUUAAAGGUGCUUAAAUAUGAUGGUAGAGGUUCCUUUAUUUGGCGGCAGUCUGACGUAAAACUGUAGACGGCGACAGCGGUGCUCCAGCAGCUUCAAGUUUAGAGCAGACCUGUUAUUUGGUGGUUUCUUCCAGUUUAAGCUAUUUCUCUGAUGACCAAGUAGCAAGCCUUAAAGUGGUAUGUAUGUACAGUAUAAUGAAUGUAGAGGUUUGUUCGCUUUCUUGGAUCUGCUUUCGGACUUUCCCUAGUUUUUCAGGGUUCUUUGAUUCAGUGACGGCAGAAACAGCACAGAAAGUUGGGAGAUUUUCUACUAACAUUUGUUUGAGGCUUUGAUUAUCAGUGAAGUGAUCGUCGAAGUAGCAAUACAGAUAUAUUUGAUCCUGUGUUUAUUUUAGAAAGCCUGUUGGAAAUUCGAUUGUUCACAACCAAAAACACUUAUUGCAGUAUUUCUUUGCUACGUUUUGAAGCAAAAAAAAAGCGGAUUUUAACCCAACGUUUUAAAUAAGAAAAAAAAAAAAGCGUUCAGGCAGAUUCUCUGCAAUUUUCCCAUUGCUUUUAAUGCAAAAGUGAACAUUUUAAUUUCACAUUGACUUCAUUUUGCCUUUUUUUUCCCCCCAAUAGUUGAUUAAAUUAUAAAUCAUUAAAGGGUUGACAAACAAAAACAGAAGAAACUUGAAGUAGUUGCAGCAGUAAAUAAUGUAAUCAAUAAUGUUCUUAAAACUGUCUUGGCCUUGUUUCUCUCUUGCAUGAAUGUUAUUUCCAAAUAACAUAUGUUCUCAAAUGUUUCUUUUCACACAUUAAGGUCCAAAAUGUCACUAAUCUCAUACAAUGAGCACUCCAUUUACAGCUACAUCACUGCAUGUAAACUAAUACUUUGUAUUCCUGAAGUCUUUGCAUUCUUCAAUCCUGUAUAUGAUGAAAUGUUUUAUGUUGGGAAUUAUUUGAAUUAGUAAAAUCUCUUCUGAGUAACUAGAACAGCAUAAGUGAGAUUAGCAGUUUCUUAAAUAUUCCAGUGAAGGAAAAUAAAAGUUAAUUUUAAGAUUAAAACUGUCUUAAAAACUCAACAUAAACCAGAUCAGAUUUAUUAGCAGAGAUUUUUUUCUUCUAUAUUUCUAAGGUACGUUUUAGUCGUCCAAGCCAUACAGUUGUCUCAGGAUCGAUAGGCUGCAUCUCUGGGACACUAGAGCAACACUAGGAGCUCGGAUUAAUCUCAAUGAAGGAAACAGACGAUUAAGUGGCUUUAACAGCUCGUUAGGAGAUAAUGACUUUUAAUAACAAAGUAGUGCUAAGGUUUCGUUUUAUUCAAAAUGAACAUAGAUCUAGUUAAAUUAACCUCUAAUUUUUAGCAUGUUCUCUCAUGACAGACAUAAAGCCAAUGUAAAUAGUCAUAGUUUUUCUGAGUGGUGGGUGCAUGAAAUUUGAUCAUUGAAUGUACAGUUUGGUGUUAUAUUUUUGUGGUCUUUACUAAACCAGGUGUUAAAUAGGACAGCUCCCGCUAAAACAGUCCACUAGUAGUUUCUGAAUCGACUAAUAAAAGUGUUAUUUGGCACAUUUUGGGUACCGAUUAUACAUAGUAUUCUGAUAUAGUGACAGGUACUCAUAAAGGGGGUGUUAACAUUUAACAAAUUGCAUAAAUGAUACAUUUUGCACACAGUGCCAUUUUAUGUAAUGGCUACGCUCUUAGAUUUCACAACAUUUGUGGAGGGGGGAAAAAGCCUAAUCGCUGGGCAAAAUGUAAAAAAAAAAAAAAUGGAACUGGCUAAAUGUAAAUCAAUUAUCUAUGCAAAUUCAUUUUACAAACUUUGGAAAUAAAACCUACUGGUGCAAAACAAGCAAACAACAUUGAAAGAAUGAAAAAAUGAAACAUGACAGGUGUACUGUGACACAAUGGGAGUUACACAGCUUUACUACAUCAUUACUAAACUGAUCCGCAGCUGAAUUUACACUUAAAAUCUGAAACGUAAAGUCUAAUUGGAGAUGGUUAAAGUCCAGAGCAGGUAGUUUUCUACUAAGCGAUAUUUAGCAGGGUGUGGUAAAGAUGUAGUCAGAAAGGAGUCUGCUGAUGUAACUUGCCGUCCAGACUGAUCUGAUAUAACUUCAUUUUUUGGGCUGCAAGUAGAAAAUAAGUACAAAAAAAUAACUUUUAAAUGGGUACAACUUUAUAAUAAGACAGUCCUUAUAAAAUAGUUCUAUAUACUGUAGUUAUUAUUUAUGACUUUAUAAAUAAUACGCUGGUAUUUCAAACAAUGUAGUUUCACUGUUGGGUUAGGAAACAGAUCCUUUUACCUUGAUUCGCCCACUAACUAAUUUCCUAUGACUGCUUUAUAAUGGUUUAUAAGUGAUUUACAAUUUAUUUAUAACGACAUUAUUUACUAUUAAUCAUUCAUGAGUUUUAUUAUAAGGUAGUAUCCAUGAAUUGGUGGAAAUAUUGGAAGUUAAUAUUUUAAAUGUUUUCAUAUUACUUAGAACAUUUUGGGUUUUUUUUGUUUGUUUUUUUCUAAGUUAUAAAUGACAAAUCUUUAAAGCUAAAUAGAAGAUUGCAUAUAAUUCUCGUUUCAAAGAGUGGCUAUAAAGACAUCGGUUUGUAGCUUAUUUGAAGUUUGCUUUUGGGUCGAGUGUAAAUAAAAGUCUUAAAGUAGAACAAACUUUGCUCCUUAAUUCUGUUAAGUCCAGCAGUAGCUCGUAGUUUAAUCCUCACACACAUUCAUGUUUAUAUCGGAGAAGUAAACAUAAAGAGACUUGGUGUUGACACUGCAUAGUCACAGUUCCUCUGAAUGUCUGUGCCCGUUGUCUGAGUUCAACUUUUUACAGGUUUUCCUUGUCUGUAAAUCUGAAACGUCAAUAGAAUAUUUUUUUAUAAUGGUUUUCUUUUGAUAUUUUUUCUCAAUUUUUAUAAGCGGUUUUCCUAAAAAAAAAAAUACAAAUGAUGCCAGGGAUUGGUACUUCCAUUUUGACUUUAUACCAGGGCAAUAUCAGCUCAGCCCUUCCAGAAGGAAGCUCUGAAUCACAAAUGAGAUAUAUGGUCCAAUAUUGGUGCUUCUUUUCUGAGCACUGGAAUAACUGUUCUUUUCUUUGUAAAAAAAAAAAACAACAACAAACACAGAACAUUUGUUCAAAUUGUUGGUCAUGUUUUAGGAUCUCUUGGUCAGUUCUGAUUUAAUAAUCAGUAGAUGGUGUUGUGUUCUUUUGUGUUGUCUGGUUUUGUUUUAUUUACUGUGUUAUAUUGAUGUGAAAUGUAAAUGUUGUGAUGUAGAACAUGAACAUAGUUGUAUCAGAAAGUCCAAUAAAUUGUGAUUACAUUUCUGAAAUUUAA